CGAGCUUCCACUUCCAAAAUGGCGCCGGCCUUGUCAUAGAGGCUGUCCUACGGCAAAGCCUGACAAGUUAUCCGUGAAACAACCUCUGGCUUCCUGUUCCUGAAAGUGUCAUUUGUGCGAAUGUCCCUUCUGACUAUAGCGCCAGCAGGCCAAUUGAGAAUUAUGACCGCUUGUGUGCCAACCAAUUUCUUAAUUCACACAGGCACGGCCCUGCUGCUCGGGUUGCCUGAAGAAGCAUGAUUCACUCAUGGGUACGGCCUUAUCGGGCCAAGCAUUCAGCACGCUUUGGCAUCAUUAUCUUCAGAACCAACAUCGUUCCCAUUGCCCUCACAAACCACGUUCUCGACGAUGACAACGACUCCAAAAGGUGUUCAGUACCUACCAUCAUUGUCUGUGGAUGAUUUGAACACCGGAAUACGGAUGACGUUGGAGCCACCACCGCUUCCAGCCAACCUUCCGAGCUCCUCCAUUGUUUCCGAACACCUGAACGUCCCUCCCCCACGCACUAGAGAGCGUUGGGAUACAAUAGAAAGUAUGGUACGAUGGGACAACGUUCCGGCACAGAAUACACAGGAACUCGUGCAAGAAGAGCAGGAGCGUUUCGACAGGUUCAAAAGGAACAUGCAAAACCUCGAUGAAACACUUGGACAAAUAAUAAAUAUCGCGCAAGAGCUUACCUCUAGUGUGCGCUUCUCCUCAGCGGCUGUUCGUCUUCAGACGCGCUUGCGCACAGUGCUAGACAUCGUCCAAGCAAUGCGCCCACGAUUAAGCGUCCAGCGUCCGAGACAGGGGCCUUCAUCUCACCAUUCCACCAAGCCCAGAAGGGCCCGAACUUUCCCUUUAUAUGCUCCACUAAGGGGCAAUACACGAGAUAGGACGAGGUACCCAGGAAUGGAGGGUGCUGUGGGCGAGGCAUUCCCGGACGAACUGGUUUUUCUGGCGAAGGACUUGUACGAGCUUAGAACAGCUCUCAAAUCACUUCGCGGAUUUGCGAAAGUUCCAGAUUACACCUCCGACAAUUUGGAUCAAUCAUUCGAGGCUUUUCGUGGAGAUCUCGAAUACUGGGCCAACAACCUCAGCGACUUCAGAGGAACCUUUCACACUUAUUCUAUUCGGCGCUAUAUUGUCGACCUUGCCGACAAGAUGAUACCUCAUUUGGAGGGAAUUGUGGAUAAUUUGAGGGUUUUUAACACUGUUGGCGUGCCUACGAUAAAGUUUAGUCAAAAACACACUGCAGAAGCCCUUCAAAAUGUGUCCACUAUAGCUACUUUCUUCUCUGCCGUGUCUGCUACGACCAUACAGUUCAGGUGCAUGGUUUUUAAAGGCACUUCUCAAGUCAUUUCCAUUCACUUCCUAUUCAGCUAUUCUAAUAGCGCCACGAAGACUUCGGCUGUUGUCAAUUUAUUUUGGCUGCUCUCUCUUGUGUGGUCCAUGUCCAGCGCCGUUAAUAGUCAGCUGGGCUAUCGCUGGACUCUCGCUGCGUAUUCGAGCCCCCCUUCGGCCGUUCCUUGGUGGAUAUCUAUAUGGAUCACAACAACGCCUCUCGUGUUCCUCAUUCUCUCCAUCCUUUCCUUUACAUUCGGUCUUAUUUGUUUCACAUUUUCGAAUUUUCCACAUGCACGAUUCAUUCCAAUUUGUGUGACGAGCUCGGCUGCCAUAUCGGUCAUUGCGCUCCUAAUAGUAGGUCUCUGGUUUGCAGGGGACUUCUAUGCAUUUAGGCAAAAUAAAGGGUCAAGGUGGCUAGUGGAGGAAUUGGAGGAUAUUUUUCAAUCAUUUUCACAAUGGUUGACGCGGCGUAGCACCCCUGUUGCUGUCCUUCCGACUUCCAGCUCAGGUCUCACUGCCAGCAGACAGGUGCAGCAAACUGACCAUGGCGAAGCAACUUCUCCCACUUCUCGAGCAGAAGAAGAGAAGGCCGCCCCCUCGGAGACCCUUGCCUCGAACAUUGUUAUCGAUGGGGUUGCUUCGAAUAUACUUUCUAGUGGUAGGGAGAGUGGAGCCGUUCCUCAGGUCCGAGGUCAGGUGGCUCGAGGGUCCGCCGCGGUGCACCCAGGGUCACUAGGGUUUGAGGAGACCCGGCAUAUUCGGAGUCCAACCCUCCGUCUCUCCGAGGUGGUCAAUAAGGUGCUCACUCACCCAUUGCGAACCGACAACUCACUCGCCCGCUCCCUACAACCUUGGCACAGCUCAGCGUUGACUCCGGGGCCAAUAGAGUUGCGGAGGAGGCACGACCCUUAUCGAUCCGAUGCAUCGGUCUUGAUACACGCCCCCGAAUUGUCUCCAGCGAAGUCGAAAUUCCAACGCAUUGUCCAAAAAGUGAUCCAGCAGAACCGGGAGGAGAUUAGAGGGCAAAGAUUGUCCUUGGAAUCCUCCCUGAAGUCACUGCAUAUGCUAUGGAAAAAGAAAGUUCACAAGGUCCCGGUCAAAGAUAUUCAGUUCAGCCCUGAUGGACAAUUCUUGGCCACGUGUGCAUGGGAUCAGACCACAAAGAUUUGGAAACUGGACCCAAGUUUGCAACUCCACCAUACUUGCCAUCUUGGCACCCAAUUAGCGUCUCAACUCGCAUGGUCACCGGAUGGGAAAUUCUUGAUGGCCAAGAUGACACGCCGUGGAUAUAUGAUUUGGGCUGUCUCAACUGGAGACGUACUUCAGCAAUUCGUGCUUCCACAACCUAGAAGUGUUCAACUUUGCGUGGUGUGGAUGCCGAAUGGGACCCACGUUCUCCGCAUUGAGGACGCCAAUUUGUAUCAAGUGGAUAUAAUGAACGGAAGUACUAAUGCCGUAUUUAAUUUCUCCAACAAGGAAAUCCAUGACGCUGUAGUGACACCGGAUGGUGAAAGAAUGCUGGCCGUCGGAUCUCUGACUAAAUCAGCAGAUGGCCUGUACCCAUCAUACAAGUCCCAACCCGAGCAGCGCAUCAUCAUGUUUGACUUAACAAGGCGGACAAUACUCCACCAGAUUCCAAUCUUAAACAGUAUUCGUGGCUUGACACUAUCCGCCUCUGGAACAAUGCUGCUCCUUACACACAACAACGAGACUGCUCUACAACUUUGUGGCAUCCAUCCCGCCUUUUUGACUCUAUUGCAUCAAUAUCCUUUGAGAGAUGCAAAAUGUGCUGGUGUUGGACAAAUGGGUGCGCCGGGUUCACCAUUCAAAACAGACACCUCCAGGAUAGAAGAUCAAAUUGUCGUAUCGGCAACGGAAGAGGGUUACUUUUCCAUUUGGGCCCGCGAGUCCGCUAAACUAUUAACCUCAUUUUCUGCGGAUAUGAGCCAAGGCUCGGUCCUCACAAGUGUCGCCUGGAACCGUGGGAGUUUGACCAAUUCCAUGGUUGCGGGCGGUUCUAGUGACGGAACUGUGAUGAUAUGGAGUUCCACAAUAGACUAAGCUAGACUCAGUCCUUCUCAACAAUUUUGGGUUAUUUAGAACACAGUUGUUCGGGUUCCAGCACUGAUGCCAGCUAAAUCAUAUGUUGUCGCAGCUACGGUGCUCCUGAGGACUGCAAGAAAGGGUACAUGUUUCUUGAGAGGAGAUAGUCCCCCAAUCCAUCUAAUCUGCCAGGGUUAUGAAGUGCUUCUCGGUGACAGUCCCUGCUUGUUUCUCCAGAAGAUUUCAUUGUCUUCCCCAUUCCAGGUGAUCCAUGCAACCAGGAAAAUUGCUUAACUUUGUGCAGGCACUUGAAUAUGGCUGCUUGCAUCUCACCCCAUGUGUCAUGAAGGUAUUCUGACUUGGUCAUGUGCAGGUAUGCUUGGUGACAACUCAGAGGGCUAUACAGUGCUCCAAAAAACCGUUCCAAUGUUUUUCACUUUUCACUUCUUGAGCUUAUAGUAUCAUGGCAGUGGAUUCUAAAAUUCCCCAAAAAUCAUUUAAG